CGGCACCUAGAGGCCACGGAGGAGAUGUCUGCUCCCAUGGGAGGCCCUGCCCUGCUGUGGAUAACAUUUCUGCUCUUCUGUCGCUGUCCUCAGGAGUCCCAGAAGGCUGAGGAAAGACACUAACUUAUCCUCUCUGGAUUUUUGCAGCUCUGGAUGGUAUGUCAGCAGGAGGCACCCGGAAAUCUACGGUGUCCUUGAAUCCCCCAUGGAAUAGAAUACUUCUAGGAGAGUCUGUGACUCUUAUAUGUAAUAAGGAUGAGCCCCUUGAAGGCAACUCCACUGAGUGGAUCCACAACAACACAACUUUAAAUGUGACAACUAUGAGUUUGGACAUCGUGAAUGCCAAAUCCCAGAAUACUGGGGAAUAUAGAUGUCGGAACAAAAAAUUUAGCCUGAGUGAACCUGUGUACCUAGAAGUUUCCAGCGAUUGGCUGCUUCUUCAGGCCUCUGCUCAGUUGCUGAUAGAGGGUAAGUCCCUCCUUAUCAAGUGCCAUAGCUGGAAGAAUUGGGAAGUCUACAAGGUGAUCUACUACAAGGAUGGCAAACCCCUCAAGUACUGGUAUGAGAACCACAACAUCUCCAUUGCCAAUGUCACAACAGAAGACAGUGGCUCCUAUUACUGCGAGGGCGCUUUUUACCGCAAGCCGGGAAGUAUACGCUAUACCUCUGAUCCCUUCAACAUUACUGUAAAAAGAGAUCCCCAAAGCAAAUACUACCGGCUACAAUUUCUUUUGCCGUUGUUGGUGGCGAUUCUCUUUGUUGUGGACACAGGACUGUUUAUCUCAACCCAGCAGCAGUUAACAUUUCUCUUGAAGGUUAAGAAGACCAGGAAAGGCCGCAAACUUAUGGACCCACAUCCUAAGCCAGACCCCAGAAAGAACUGAUGCACUGCUCAAGAAACAUUUGCAACAGCAAUUUCUGACUAGCAUCAGCAAUUGCUUCUCCAUUGUCAAACACAACUCACAAUGUACAUGGAAAGGUCUAUGCUCAAGGUAUAUUGCUUCAUUAAACCAACUAGAACUUGUUAAGUGGCAUGUAAUAGUAAGUGCUCAAU